AUGAAAGCCUCGCUCUUCUCCGGCCCAGUUGUGGGACUUUUCGCUUCUUUGUUGCUCAAUCGUCCCGUCCUCGCGGCCAACAAUACCGAUCCUGACCCUCCUACUUUGCCCCUAAGCUCAACCUCAAACUUCAACUUCAACUUCCUAGUCGGCCUCAGUAACGCCCUGAGUGGAGGCGCCGACAUUGGCCCCAUUCUGGGCGUUGCUCAAAAGACUCAGGCAGCACCAGGCGACUUCCCGUUCUAUACCGCGGCAUUCCACGAGCUGGCCCUGGAGACCAAAGCCCAAGCCGAGGACCCCGACAACGCAUUCGACCCUAUUAACGUGCGAGAUGCCUGGUUCUCCACAGCGCACUACUUCCGCCGUGCCGACGAAGUCAACCACCGCAACUGGAGCAAUCCCCAAAUCAACAGCUUCUGGGAGGAGCAGACAGCGGCCUUCAACAAAGGCCUAGCAGCCCUGCCCAUCCCCGCUCAGCGUAUCCAGAUUCCAGCUCGCGAGGACAACUUCACCAUCGAAGCCAUCUGGUACGCGGCGUCCGAGUCAAACAGCACCAAACUGCCGACACUCAUUAUCGGGAACGGCCUGGACGCCGCGCAGGAGGAUUCAUACCACCACUUUGUCGCGCACGCACUCCUCCGAGGCUGGAACUGCAUUACCUACGAAGGCCCCGGGCAGCCCACUGUCCGCCGAACCCAGAACCUAGGCUUCAUCCCGGAGUGGGAGCGCGUCGUCACCCCCGUUGUGGACUACGUUCUCUCCGAGAAGGCACACGUCGUGGACACGGAUAGGCUCGUGCUCCUGGGCAACUCAUUCGGCGGAUACCUUGCCGGCCGCGCCGCAGCAUUCGAACCACGACUGUCGGCUGUUAUCAUGAUCGGCGGUCCGUGGGACGCCUACGCCGGAUUCACGACGCAGUUGCCGUCCGAGCUCCUGCCCAUAUACGAGGCUGGGAACUACACGCAGUUUGAUGACACGGUCCUAUCUCUUCGCGAGGCCGGCGAACUCCCUCCUGAUGCGGCGUGGGGUCUCGAUUACGGACUGUGGGCGAUGAAGACGCACUCGCCGUCAGAAUUCUUUAACUUGACCAAGCAGUAUCGUCUGGACGAUGUUGCCGACCGCAUUGAGAUGCCUGUUUUUAUCGCCGAUGCGGAGUUCGAGUUCGUUUCUAAGGGGCAGGGGCAGCGCGUGGCAGAUGCCAUUGGGCCUAAUGCCCAGCGCCACCUGUUCAAUGGCACCGCGGGCUAUCAUUGCCAGACGGGGGCGUACCAGGAGCUCACGAGGACGAUGCAUGCGUGGCUGCAUAAGACUCUGGGUAAGGGGCAGGGCCGUUCGAAAAGCGCCUGA